UGGGAACGCGUCGCACCACAGCAGUAACCUAAUCCCCUGGCUUCUCCUUAGUCUGACAACAGGACAGGGCUUUCUGCUCACACUCAGCAGCAUGAAGACCCGCCGCCUCAGCACUUUUCUGUCUGCAUGUGUGUGUGUGUGUGUGUGCGCGUGCAUUUGGCCUUGUGUGUGACUCUUGGUGUGUGUGCGCCUCUGUGUGUGUGUGUGUGUCCGUGCAAAAGACUGCAUUAUUGAGGAGAAGGGGAAGGAAGAAGUGAAACAGUGCCGGGACGGGACCGUGUGUGUGUGAGUGUGUAGAAGAGAUGGGAGAGAGGAGUACGGUGCAGCAGCACAAGCAGCCUCCCUAUGAUGGUGGGCUCUGCAACUACGCCCAGAAAAUCGGCUCCUGCUUCGGACUGGACGUGGCACAUGCUCAGGACGCACACAGUUCCAAUGAGAAGCCUCUGAUCCAGUGCUACAAGUGUGGGGAGCCAUGUAAGGGUGAGGUGCUGCGGGUCCAGUCCAAGCACUUCCACCUGAAGUGCUUCACCUGUAAAGUGUGUGGCUGUGACCUGGCUCAGGGAGGCUUCUUCAUGAAGAAUGGAGACUACCUGUGUACCCUGGACUACCAGCGAAUGCACGGGACGCGCUGCAAUGGCUGUGGGGACUUUGUGGAGGGAGAGGUGGUCACUGCUCUGGGCAAGACCUACCACCCUGCCUGCUUCGUCUGCACCAUCUGCAAACGACCGUUUCCUGCUGGGGAUAGGGUCACCUUCAAUGGCAAAGACUGUCUGUGUCAGUACUGUGUCCAGCCCACAUCCCCAGGACCUGGCAAGGACAUCAUCGACUCCAACUGCUGUACGGGCUGUGGUAGAGACAUUAAGAAUGGUCAGGCUCUCUUAGCUCUGGAGAGACAGUGGCACCUGGGCUGCUUCAAGUGUAAGGCAUGUCAAAAAGUCCUCACUGGGGAGUACAUCAGCAGUAAGGAUGGCACACCCUAUUGUGAGAAGGACUACCAGGUUCAUUUUGGGGUCCAGUGCAGAAGCCUCUGCCAGUUUAUCACAGGCAAAGUGCUGGAGGCAGGGGACAAACACUACCACCCCAGCUGUGCACGAUGCAGCAGGUGCAACCAGAUGUUCACAGAAGGAGAAGAGAUGUACCUGCAAGGAUCAACAGUGUGGCACCCUGGCUGUAAGAACACAACCAGAACAGAGGAAAGACAUAGGGAACGGCCUUCGAGGUCGUCGUCCGAGAGUAUCUGUUCCAGACCUGGUUCAAGCAUACCUGGCUCACCGGGUCAUACCAUAUAUGCAAAAGUAGACAAUGAGAUCCUUGAUUACAGGGACCUAGCCGCCAUUCCRAAAGUCAAAGCAAUUUAUGACAUAGAGCACCCUGAUCUGAUUACCUAUGAGCCUUUGUACACCAUGUCCCUGGAUGAGAGGGAGGAGAGGAGGGAGAGUGUGGGAGAGCUCCAUACUGCGAGAAGGGAGCGUUCCCCCAUGCCAGACGACAAGUCCUCAAGAAACAUGUCACCUACACCGUCUGCUGAGGGCUGCUAUGACAUGAGGGAACGCAUCCUCCAGAGGUCCACCAGUCAGGGCUCUAUCGGAUCACACGUCUACAAUCGCAAUAGUUACACCCCGCUGUCACGCUCACCGCAGCACUUUCACAGACCAGGCACUGAUCCACUCAGCGGGCGGAGCUCCCCCAUACCCCAACGGCCAGAGAGCCGGCCGGUCACUCCGCCUCUCUCUCUGACCCCUAAACAUUUCCACCUCCCAGAUCAGGGGAUCAACAUUUACAGGAAACCACCCAUCUACAAACAACACGAUUCACCCGCACCAAAAAGAAAGUCUGCUGAUGACAUCAUCAGAUCCGCUACGUUUCCUGCCACCCAUGUCCCCCCUCCGGAUGACACAUCACCGACCGAAAACAACCACUGGCCCCCCUGCUCUCCCUCCCUGGCCCUGGCUGCCUUAGGUUCAGAAGGAGGAAGGAGACGGUCUAGGGAAGAGGAGGAAGAGGAGGCUAUGAAGAGAAAGCAAAUCCAGGAGGAGCAAAUCAACAAGAUCCAGUCUGGUUUGGGGAAGCUGAUAAUGAAAGAGGAGAAUGAGAAGGAGCAGAUCAGGGAAGGUCAUGCACGCAGCCAAUCAGCUCAGCGCUAUGAACCUCAGCAGAACAACUAUGACGGAGAUGAUUCCAAAACUUCCUCGCUGCCUGGUUAUGGACGGAAUGGAUUACACCGGCCUCAGUCCACAGAUUUCACUCAGUACAACAGCCAUGGGGACAUGUGUGGGGGAGGAAGAGAGUUUCAGCACAUAAGGGAUGGCUGUGCCGCAGUAACAAGAAUGGACAGGGGAGUAUCUAUGCCUAAUAUGUUGGAACCAAAAGUCGUACCAUAUGAAAUGCUCACGAUAACCAGUAGAGGGCGAGCUAAACUGCCCAGGGAGGUGGACAGAACAAGACUGGAGCGCCACUUAGCCCCAGAAACGUUCUUUGACAUCUUUGGGAUGGAGAUCCAGGAGUUUGACAGGCUUCCCCUGUGGAAACGCAACAGCUUGAAAAAGAAGGCCAAUCUCUUCUAGCAGUCAGAGCAGCAUGCACUCAUCCCAUCCCAUAAGAUAGCAGUCUACUCUACCACUGUAACAUAGAUGUAGGAUUUGUUUUGAUUUCCCCCUUUCCCCCCUUUUUUUUUGACAUGUUCAAGGAAGCAAUGAAAUGGACUCUUUGUACUCUAUGCUUUCUCUACGGACUGAAUACAUAAUUAACGAACCGUAGGAUGCUACAAGGAAAUAGAAGAAACCCAUUUCUUAAGUGUUCCAACAAUGAAAAAGAAUGAGAAAGAAUGAUAGAUUAGGUCAUGUUUUUUUUUGUUUUUUUUUACUGCUGCGCUUGUUUUUUUGUUUUGUUUUUCGCUUUGCUUUGAAUGGAGCUGCUUUUGCUUCCUUUCCUUUUUCUUUAAUCUCACGGCACCAAAUGGAACAUGUUCUUCACAUGCGAAACUGGAAUGUCUGUCUGUCAGCUUCAUAAGUCAAUGGUCAGCUUGCUCUCAUUUUGGCUGAAACAUUUUAGACCAAUGUUGGCGUCAAAUCAAAUGGCUCACAUGGGAAAUAUUGGGUCUUGCCAUUUCUUUAUGGCUCUAGUACAUAAUAAGAGUCCAAAUCUUCAAACACUGCUCAUGCCAGCUUGCCUUAGCACCUAACCAUGUUACUCUCACUGGCAUCAGAGUCUGGAAAAGCCAUCAAUCAAAACAAUAUAAUGUGGUUUCCAUAUAGAUCCGGGUUAUAUUCAUUAGGGAAUGCAACAUUUUAAAACGUUUUGUAAUGGAAAACAGAAAUGAGCGUGGACAAGUCCAAGUAGUCCCUCCCUAUUUCAGUCUGUUUUCUUCCAUUUGAUGCCUAAUAAAUAUGACCCAGGUAGCCUACCCAGGCAUCUUGACACUUCAACAAAACAGUUUAUCCUAUCAGGCUCCCAUGAAAACGACCUAAUUUAGUUUUCCGUUGGUUAAAUUGGAGAAGCAAUUCCUAUUUUACUCACAAAUAUUCAACAAACACCACCCCAAAAAAUUACAACAUUAAAUGUACAAAAAAAUAACAACUGUAUUUAAAAUGACUGUUUUAUAAAUGAAACCCACACUGCCAUUUGUUGUAUUGAAAUAUAAGCAAAAAUAAAGCUUUAAAUCCCUGUGUAUGAUACACCAAAGGUAUCACCUGUAUUAGUUUAUCUCCUCUCAGCUAUUAAACUAUAAUAAACACAGUGUGUGAGGUA